CAUGCGCUACGCACUUGCCGCCAUGUUUCAUGGAUCACAACAUUGGGGGAAAAAAGAAAUCUUUGUGUACAUCUGGAAGCAAUGAUGUAUAGAUAACACUUUGGAGGAAUUUUAUUUAUUUUUGAGGUUUUAACAUCUUAUGUUAGGAUGGCGUGUUUGGCCAAUUUGAAACAAGACAUUAAAUUCUUGGAAAGUGUUUUUCCAAAAGACCACAAAGUUUUCCAGAUUUUGUCAGCUUCGGUUGACGAGUUAACGUGUCGUUUUGUAAGCAGAGAUGGGCGAAAAUAUGAUGUCCACGCUAAUAUAAUGGAAACCUACCCCCAGUCUGCUCCUAUAUGGUUCAGUGAAGAUGACGACACCAUAGUCAGCAAUGUUAUAUCUCGCCUUAGUGAGGCCCCUCCAGACAAAAAUAAUAUUCUUCACCAAGUGCGUAUUCUAGUGACCGAGCUUUGUGAUUUGUUUGAUAUGUCAGCCACAGAUUCCAUAAAUCAACUGGACAAGUUUCUUCGAGACAGGGGUCUGAUGAUGCAGCUCAGAAAGGAAAGCUCGGAUGAAGAGGAGGAGGAAGAUGAAGACCACUAUGACAUGGAGGAGGAUUUAUCAACGAGUGAACAGAAGAUGAAAGAUGUUGAAGGAAUCGACACAGAACAAGUCUUGGUGCUAGAGAGGUUAAAACAGAACCAGAGACAGGAUUAUCUCAAGGGCUCUGUCACAGGUUCUGUUCAAGCCACAGACAGACUGAUGAAGGAGCUGAGGGAUGUCUACCGCUCAGACAGCUAUAAAAUGGGUAUAUAUUCAGUUGAUCUAGUCAAUGACAGCUUGUAUGAGUGGAGUGUCAAGUUAAAAAAGGUGGAUUCGGACAGCUCCCUCCAUCAGGACCUACAACAGUACAAAAAAGAACAUGGCAAGGACCACAUCCUCCUCAACUUCACCUUCAAGGAUAACUUCCCCUUUGAGCCUCCAUUUGUACGGGUUGUCAAUCCAGUCCUGAACGGGGGAUAUGUCCUACAUGGAGGGGCUAUAUGUAUGGAGUUAUUAACUCGCCAGGGAUGGAGCAGUGCCUAUGGGAUGGAGUCAGUGAUCCUACAGAUCAGCGCCACACUGGUCAAGGGCAAGGCCAGGAUCCAGUUCAGUGCAUCAAAGAAUCAGUAUAGCUUAGCAAGGGCCCAACAGUCUUUCAAAUCUCUGGUGCAUAUACAUGAAAAAAAUGGUUGGUUCACACCCCCUAAGGAGGAUGGAUAACCCCAGACCAAAGAUUCUCUUCCUUUACACAUUGUGAUCAUCUUCAUCCAAUCUUCUGUCAUCUCUGUUCAUUGCUGGGACUCGGGGAGACAUUAAUGCUACCACUGGUGUCAAAUACCUUGGGUGGUGUAAAGCGUCAACUCUUUUACUGGUGUCCAAUACCGCAGGUGGUUUGUGUAUAAAAGACGAUGAAAAUACUUGUUCAAGUGGAUAAGACUAUUACUUGACUUCCUGAUGGUAGUGUUGCUCUACUUAAUGUAUUUCAAUGAAUUGAGAGAAAGAGAGAGCGAGAAAGAGGGGUGUUCAUGCUAAUUUGAGAGAGAAUAAGCAAGAAUAAGAGCAGAUUUUGUUUUAAGUUGUCUUCAAGAUAUGCAAGUUUUACUACAUGUUUUGUCUUGAGCUAUAAUGUAUCAUUUCCAAUGUUAAAACUCAUACACCAGCUGUGUGAUGAAUGUGGAUUCUCUUGAUGUAAUGUUACUGUAUCAAUUAGAGACGUCUGGCUUCUCUCCGUUGGUUCUGUAUGCAAUUAACCAACUCUGUUAAAUAAACAUUAGAUGAUAUUAA